GAAAACAACAUCUCUAACCAAACAUGAGAAUAAUCCCAAAGACACGAAAUCUGUGAAUUGAAUUAACCCUUUGGAUUUUCAUUUUCUCACUGAAUUCCACCUUCGCGAUGCGAUGAGAUUUUCCUUGUUAACUCCGAGUUCUUACAGAUUUUAUCAUCCAAUACCGUUUCGAUCUCUAGAAUCGAUUCCUCCCCUCUCGGUUACACCUCCUCGCGUCGAAUCUGGAUCUCCCUCUUCUUUCAAGUUCAGUGCAGCGAGCUUGCAGAGACAUGUAUGUAGUAGCGUGAGACAUAGCUCUGUCUUUGUUAAGGCAUUCGAUGAUGAUACAUUUGAUUUUUAUACCGGUGACAUAUUUGCUGCUACAUAUGCAAUUUCGUCGAGUGAAGGCGAAGAGAGCGAUGGUGAUUAUGCGUUGAAUGUGGUUACCGAAACUACUGCACAGAAGCUAGGAAAGUUUCCUAGAGGUCGCAAAAAGCACAGGCACAUUGUUUCAGAUAACCAUGGCACCACUACUCUUAAGCAUCAUUUGACCGCUAUAUCUGUUUCCAUUGAUCCAUUUGGAGUGGGGAUAAAUCAAUUGGAAGGUGUGUGUAGAAUCAGAUAUGGGAUUAAUUUGGGGCUUCUUGCUUUUUUGUCACUCCUGCUUCUAUUGAUGGACUCUUUUGCUUGGAAGAUUGUUAGACUGCCUUUGCCUCCAUAUUUCUUAAGCCUGCCCUUCUUCACAUCGGCGAUUCUAGUUACCUUAGCCGGUUAUAUUUUUGUUCCGCUUCUAGACAGACUGAAAGUGCAUGAGCCAAUUAGGACACUAGGGCCAGUUCCACAUAACCGCAGACCAACAAUCCCGACAAUGGGUGGCUUGUUCUUUGUUCCAAUUGGUGUUGUUGUUGCAAUAGCCUUGACUACAGUUUCAUCCAUCGAAGUCUUGGGAGCAGCAGCUGCAACUGUAGCAUUUGCAGCUAUUGGGCUAGUUGAUGACUCCUUGAGCCUCUACAGUGAGAAUAAUAAUGGUUUAUCUGCGAAGAUACAACUUCUUUUGGAGGCAGCUGUUGGGACUUGCUUUGCGUUUUGGUUGGAGAGUGCAAGCAUUUCAUCUCCUUAUGGCAUGAAAAUGUUGGUUCCCUUGCCUUCACCGUUAGGUCUUGUUUGCUUGGGAAAACUUUACCUAUUGUUGACAUCGUUUUACUUUGUUUCCAUGGGAAACUUAGUCAAAUCAACCGAUGGUCUCGAUGGAUUGGCGGGAGGUAUUGCUGCCUUGGCUUUCGUUGCAAUGGCAGUAGCAGUUCUUCCUAUUUGCUCUGAUCUCUCUGUAUUUGGAGCUUCGAUGGCUGGAGCUUGUUUUGGGUUUCUGCUUCACAAUCGAUACAGAGCAUCAGUUUCCAUGGGAGAUACAGGAUCCUUGGCUCUAGGUGGAGCUUUGGCUGCAAUGGCUGGUUGCUCAGGAAUGUUCUUCCCAUUGUUCAUAUCGUCUGGUGUCGCAGUUUUGGAAGCUGCUUCUGUCAUCAUUCAGGUCGUGUAUUACUCGGCGACUAAGCGUUUAAAAGGAAAAGGGCGUCGGAUAUUCAAAACGGUACCAUUUCAUCAUCACCUCAGGCUAAGUGGUUUAAAGGAGCCAAUGAUAGUAACAAUGGCAUAUGUAAUAUCCUCUUUGCUCUCUCUUUCAGCAGCUUACAUAGCUAUUGGGAUUGAGAUCAGAAUGAAAAUCUCUAAAUCUCUCGGGAUUGUUUUAAUUUCUGUUCUCUUCUAUCUUACUUCUGCUCCACCAUUUGUCAUCUGCUCAUCUCUUGAAGUCACCAUUGAUAACCAUUCACCAAGCAAUCUCAAGAAUAAAGGAUCCCUAGAACAAGACAAGUUGAGUCAUCAAAUGAUAAAUAGCAUAAAGCUUCAUGGCAUUCUCUUAUGGGUUUCUAUGGGCUUUCUUAUGCCAUUGGGGAUUAUCUUCAUUCGAAUGGCCAAUAAAGCUCAUGAAAAUGGAAUAAAAGUUAAAGUGUUCUUCUAUCUUCAUGUCGUUUUCCAGAUAUUGGCAGUGGUUUUAGCAACAAUAGGAGCUAUACUGUCUUUAAGAACAUUGGAGAACUCUUUUGACAACAACCAUCAAAGACUUGGAUUGGCUCUUUAUGCUGCCAUGUGGCUCCAAUUCUUGACCGGUAUCUUCAAGCCCUCAAGAGGGAGCAAAAGGAGGUUGAGAUGGUUCUUAUUGCAUUGGAUUCUUGGAACAAUAGUAUUUAGAGAACGAGAGAGAGAGGAGAAGAAGAUGGUAGGCGAAGAGGAGACGAAGAAGAGAGUAGUCACUGAAUCGCUAGGAUGGUUAACGGAAUCUUCGAUUAUGCCAAAGAAGCAUCGCGCCAUCGAAGGUGUUGGUCCUUCCUCAAUCAUGGAGCUUAAAGCUCAGCUCUAUAAAUCGCAAGAAGAAGCUAAACAGACGAAGAAUUUCACGGGAUCCGAUGCUCAAUACCAUCGCGCCAAGGAAAGGAUUGCCGCUAAAGAUUCUUUCUCCGCGAAAAAUUCCGGCGUUGAGAGUCGCAAUCUAAAGGAUAAGCUUGAGCACAAAGCAGUAAAAGAUGGAGCAGUGAGUUAUGCUGCAUUGGAGAAAAAGGCGCAGUUGUAUGAUAAACUUGUUAGAGGAGAGCUUUCAGAUGAAGAAGGUGAAGAGAAGUACUGUGUUGACUUCUUCAGGAAAGGAAUUCAACAUGAGGAUCCAAAACCAUCAAGAACUUAUACCAGUUCCAUUUCAGCACCACCUGAAGAUUUAAAACAAGAUGGCGAAGAUGAUGGUUUGCUGUUUAGCACCAAAUUUGCUGGACUUGGACACGCAAUUGGGACAGCCGAUGUAAGUCAACACGUGCGUAUGGUCAGGGAGGUUCAUGAGGAAGUGAAUCAAGCUAGAGAAAAGGCAACUGAGUUAAAGCAAAGGAGACAAGAGCAAGCAACAACUCGUCGGGAGAAACUCAAACAAGCUUAUCUUCGGAAGCAGCUCGAGAAACUAAAGGCUCAACAACAACAACAACAAGAUGAGCAAAAAACUUGAUUUUUCAUUUUUCCAUUUUUUUCACUUCGUCAAGCAAUUGGAUUUUGAGUUGUGGCCUGAAAGCAGAGAAGACUAUGACAGAGUUGUCCACAGAACCCGAUUGAGUUUGAUAUGGCUGCAACAAGAACACAUAAGCCAUCAUCGAAAAUUCCAAGCACUUCGGAAUAUGUAUAUGCUCUUAACCGCGAUUUAUGUACUGUGGAUUGUUAUGUCAAUCAACAGAUUCUACACCA